AUGCUUAAAGACGACGAUCGAGAUGAGGGAGAUGAUUCUGUGACAGGCAGAGUUCGAGCUAUGGACGACCUCUUUGAACAUGUCGGGGAAGUCCUGGGGAAGCGAAAUAUACAUGAUGGAAUUUCCAUUUUGGGAGAGAACGGGGAAUACGACAACCACAAGUCCAUUGAAUCGAAAAUUAUAGACGAUUCCAAAGAAACAAACGAUGACUACGAGAAUGACGUUUACCGCGACGAUGACGAGGACGGAGACGACGGUGACGACGGCGAUGGCAGCAGCAACAACGACGACAGAGGUGACAUCGAUGAUAGCGACGUCCGUAAAAUAGACGUGAAAAUGGUAUACACCGGAUGA